AUGAAUUGUACGCAGGAAGAGAAACUCACUCACUCUGUAGACUGUGGGCCAAAGGUGAAUAUAAUAUCAUUUGUUCCGUUCCCGGCUUUGAGGUGCCCCAUCCUGAUAUCGUCAAUGAAAAGCCUGUUUGAUACUUACCUAUUCAUGAGCUUUGUGGAAGGCCAGAGCCUGGAUACGGCCUGGGAAACUUAUGACAGUAUCACGAGAAACCAGGUUACCAACCAGCUGAAAGAAUACCUCCACGAACUUCGCCAGAUUAGCCACCGCAACUACAUCGGCUCGGUUGAUUUUGGCCCCGUCACUGAUCCGAUUUUAGAAAGUCAUCACGUCAAAGGACCGACUUCCUGGCGGGCAUGCUUUCCCAUGAAAAGCACCGGAUCGUGUUCAUGCAUGGGGACCUACACCUUCAGAAUAUCAUGGUCACGGAUGGAUACGUCAGUGGAAUUUUGGACUGGGAGUUUAGCGGCUGGUAUCCUGAGUACUGGGAGUUCUCAAAAGCCCUCUAUGUUUGGAAAUGGCAAAACGAUUGGAUCGAAAAUCUGGUGCAGGUUCUUGAACCGUAUUAUCCUGAAUACGCAGUCCAUUCCUUCUUGA